UCUUAAAAUCAAGAUGCUGUUAACCUAUUUCAAAAUGUCUAAAGUUAGCGAGGCACUUUCGUUUUUCCAUUUACUAACGGCAUAAGGAAACAGAGCCCGGCAGGUUUUGCCUCUGUAGCAAUCAAACUCAGUAACUCAGUUCACCGAGAGUCGAGUAGAAACGCCGGAACUCAGCGUUUAAAGGACACCAUGUCAGCAGAGAAGACAGAGCUUGACGGAUCCUCUUUUGCUAAUCCCCUCCUUCUUCAACUCCAACAAACUCUAACUUCCUGCUCCAAGUCAAUCGUCGACGGUGACCUAAGUCAAUCUCAAACCUCAGUCUCAGAGCUCGUCAACUUCCUCGAUUCCGUAUCAGACGCCACCGUUUCGGAGCCAGAAAACGAAGUUGCAAAAGCGAAUGCACUCGCAAUUUUAUCUGAAAUUUAUAAUUUUUUGUGCUCGCCCUCUCUGGAUCAGGAGAUUAUCGAUGCGCUUUCAUUUGAGUUGCCAAAGUCAGUUUCAAAAUUUUCAGGAGUUUCGCCUGAGUGUUUGGAGAUUGCUGAUCGCAUUAUUGAUCGAUUCAUAAAAACAUGUAGUCCUCGCGACAUGCUUUCGAUUCUUUGCGAGGCAUUAGAUUCCCCAAAUAAGACAGUCAAAGCUGCCGCUUAUGUUUCCCCUCUUAUAGGUGGACUUUCAGAAGUCUUUCUUGCCACUCGGAGGCGUCAUUUUGAACAAAUUAAAGUUGCAGUGCCGGUUAUUGUUAAAGUUGUGAAGGCUAUUUCUUCAGAAUCAGAUUAUGAAGAUACAGAACUGGAGACUUUGUUUGACAGAGUUGUCAAAAUUGCUCACUGCAUACGGGCAGUUUCUACGAAACUAGAGGAUGGAGUAAAUGAAAAGCUUCGAGCUCUUCUUGGUCUAUACGUACUGCAAAUCUCGGCAAUGGUUUCAGUUAGCCCCACUCAUCUUCUCUUUGCAUCACGAUUGGCAUGCUUCCUUCCAUAUUGUGGUGUAUCCUAUCUUGGUUUAAUAACUGGGUCUGAUAUUGACACAAUAUCUCGCAUUGUUAUUGGAGAGGAUGAAGAUGAUUGUAUGAUUUUGUCAUCCCAUGUCUAUCUUGGUGCAUCACUUUCAGUGAUUUGGGCGCAAAUGCAUGAUGAGGUUGCUAGGGCUGCAAAAGAGGAUUUGAGUGCUGUUAAGACAGAACUUAAAAAUAACCAGAUGAAAAGAUGGCAAGCAAUUGGCAUGUUAAAGCACAUAUUCUCAUCUGUUGAUCUUCCAUGGAAAUUUAAGAGAUAUGCUGUUGAUUUCUUGCUUUGUAUAACAAGUGGAGAUAUAUCUAAGGAUUUAGAUGAUGAGCAUAAUGAUUGCUCUCUUUACAUGACCAGCCUUUUUUCUGCUUUGCAGGCUGUUACAAUGAUUAUCAUAUAUACAUCAGAUACAGUGCUAAGGAAAAAUGCCUUUGAAGUACUCAAAAGGGUUCUGGCUGAUAUUCCAGAUUCUCAGAGAUUUGACAUUUUAAAAGCUCUAAUAACAAAUAGUGACUCUUCCUCUAUGGCUGCAAUUCUUCUAGAUCUUGUUAGAGGGGAAAUGCACAGAGAAAGUACCCUGAGAACAUUAAUAGGGGAAAAUGAAGUCCUAAAGGCUGACAAUAAAGCCUGUCAAAAUACAUUAUUUUGGAGUACAAGCAUCCUUGAGUUAAUCGAGUCAGUUUUGAGGCCUGUGAAGGGAGGACCUCCAAUCCUUCCAGAGAAUGGCGAUGUGGUUCUAUCUGCCCUUAACCUGUACAGAUUUGUAUUGAUGACAGAAUCAUCAGGAAAAACCAACUACACUAGAGUGCUGUCCAAGAAUAAUUUGCAGAAGGCCUACAAUGAAUGGCUCCUACCUCUUCGAAUGCUUGUGACAGGCAUUGUAGCAGAGAAUAAGAGCAAUAAUGAUAAACCUGCAGUUGACACUAUAUGUGCUCUGAACCCAGUUGAGCUGGUUUUGUACCGGUGUAUCGAGCUUGUUGAAGAAAAAUUGAAACAUUCAACAUGAUAUCGGUCCAGCAUACUUGAUGGUUGUUGCCAAGCUAUUUAUUGGGGAAUUCCCCACAACAACAACAACAACUAAGCCCUUUCCCCACUGUGCGGGGUUGGCAUUGGGGAACUCCCUCUUGCUUGGAGUUUUAAAGGUUAGGUAGAAGUAGCCAAGGGCAAAAAUUUUCGCUUGGGGUUUGUUCCUGUGGGUUAAGUUUUUGUGCUUUCGAUCAGUGCUGAUGCAAAUUGGAUACAAAUGGUUCAUAGAAAGAUUCCUCAUCAAUCAGUACGACUGUAUCAGACCAGUAACAUACCUUUGUCUCUCAGUAGUUACCGGGGGUGAUAAGGAUGGUCCAUCACUUUUGUCAUGAAAUGUUGAGUUUGUUAGUACUGAUUAAUCAAUCAAAUCUGUCCUUAUGCUUGUUUUGUUUUUCCUCUAAAUCAAGAUAUCUAUUAUUUCCAGCUUCCCCUUGCCUUGAUGAAUAUAUUAACAG